UUCCUGUCUCCUGCCGGAAGUUGGUGCUGGAAUUGAGAUACACACGUGGGGCCGCCGGGAUGAAGUUCGCUUACCGGUUCUCGAAUUUGCUGGGCACCGUUUAUCGGCAUGGAGACUUAAACUUCACGCGCGAUGGGAACUCGCUGAUCAGCCCCGUGGGCAACAGAGUCACCGUGUUCGACCUGAAGAACAACAGAUCAAACACUCUGCCUCUGGCCACAAAGUACAACAUCAAGUGUGUGGGGCUGUCCCCCGACGGCCGUCUGGCCAUCCUCGUGGAUGAAGGGGGCGCCGCGCUGCUGGUCAGCCUGGUCUGCAGGUCGGUGCUGCACCACUUCCACUUCAAGGGCUCUGUGCAUAGCGUCUCCUUCUCCCCCGACGGCAGGAAAUUUGUUGUCACCAAGGGCAACAUUGCGCAGAUGUACCAUGCUCCCGGGAGGAAGCGAGAAUUCAACGCGUUCGUCUUGGACAAAACCUACUUUGGACCCUAUGACGAGACGACGUGCGUUGACUGGACGGACGACUCCAGGUGCUUUGUGGUCGGGAGCAAAGACAUGUCCACGUGGGUGUUUGGAGCCGAGCGCUGGGACAACCUCAUUUACUACGCACUGGGGGGACACAAGGAUGCCAUCGUGGCCUGCUUCUUUGAGGCGGACAGCCUGGACCUCUACUCCCUCAGCCAGGACGGAGCCCUGUGCGUGUGGCAGUGCGACACGGCCCCCGAGGGCCUGCGGCUGAAGGCCCCCACGGGCUGGAGGGCAGACCUGCUGCAGCGCCAGGGGGACGGGGAGGGGGAGUUGGAGGAGGAGGAGGAGGAGGAAGGGGAAAAAGAAACCACCAUCCGGGGGAAGGCCAUGCCCACCGAGCAGGAGAAGGCGGGAAAAGUGAAAUACUCGCGCCUGGCCAAGUACUUCUUCAAUAAAGAAGGAGACUUCAACAACCUCACCGCCGCCGCCUAUCACAAGAAGACCCACCUGUUGGUCACGGGCUUUGCUUCUGGAAUCUUCCACCUGCAUGAGCUCCCGGAGUUCAACCUCAUCCACUCCCUGAGCAUCUCCGACCAGAGGGUCUCCUCGGUGGCCAUCAACAGCUCUGGGGACUGGAUCGCGUUUGGCUGCUCGGGCCUGGGCCAGCUGCUGGUGUGGGAGUGGCAGAGCGAGUCCUACGUCCUCAAGCAGCAGGGCCACUUCAACAGCAUGGUGGCGCUGGCCUACUCCCCGGACGGCCAGUACCUCGUCACUGGCGGGGACGACGGCAAGGUGAAGCUCUGGAACACCCUCAGUGGCUUCUGCUUCGUCACUUUCACGGAGCACUCGAGUGGCGUCACGGGCGUGACGUUCACGGCCACGGGCCGCGUCGUGGUGACCUCGUCCAUGGACGGCACCGUGCGAGCCUUCGACCUUCACAGGUACCGGAACUUCCGCACCUUCACGUCCCCGCGCCCCACCCAGUUCUCCUGCGUGGCUGUGGACUGCAGCGGAGAGAUCGUGGCUGCGGGCGCCCAGGACGCCUUCGAGGUCUUCGUGUGGUCCAUGCAGACAGGCAGGCUUCUCGACGUCUUGUCUGGCCACGAGGGUCCCAUUAGCGGUCUGAGCUUUAACCCCAUGAAGUCCAUCCUGGCCAGUGCCUCCUGGGACAAGACAGUCCGCCUGUGGGACAUGUUUGAUAGCUGGAGAACCAAGGAGACACUCGCCCUGUCCUCUGAUGCCUUGGCAGUGACGUUUCGGCCUGAUGGUGCGGAGCUGGCUGUGGCCACCCUCAACUCCCAGAUCACCUUCUGGGACCCCGAGAACGCUGUGCAGACCGGCUCCAUCGAGGGCAGGCGCGACCUCAAGACGGGCAGGAAGGAGCUGGACAAGGUCACAGCCAAGCACUCAGCCAAGGGCAAGGCCUUCACCACGCUGUGCUACUCUGCGGACGGCCAGAACAUCCUCGCCGGAGGCAUGUCCAAGUAUGUGUGCCUCUACCACGUGCGCGAGCAGAUCCUGGUGAAGCGGUUCGAGCUCUCCUGCAACUUUUCUCUGGACGCCAUGGAGGAAUUCCUGAACCGGAGGAAGAUGACGGAGUUCGGCAACCUGGCCCUCAUCGACCAAGAUGCCGGGGAGGAAAACGGGGUUGCAGUUCCACUGCCUGGGGUCAAGAAAGGUGACAUGAGCUCUCGCCACUUUAAGCCAGAAAUCAGAGUGACUUCACUGAGCUUCUCCCCCACCGGGCGCUGCUGGGCCGCCACCAGCACGGAGGGGCUCCUCGUCUUCUCCCUGGACGCCCAGAUGCUCUUUGACCCCUUUGAGCUGGACACCAGCGUCACCCCUGGGCGCAUCCGAGAGGCGCUGCGGCGGCAGGACUUCGCCCGGGCCAUCCUCAUGGCCUUCCAGCUCAACGAGAAGAAGCUGGCCCAGGAGGCCCUGGAGGCCGUGCCCCCCGACGAGAUCCAGGUGAUCGGCGCGUCUCUCCCGGAGCUGUACGUGGACAAGGUGCUCGAGUUCUUGGCCUCCUGCUUUGAAGGGUCCCAUCACCUUGAGUUCUACCUCCUGUGGACGCAGAGCCUGCUGGUGUCACACGGACAGAGGCUCAAGUCCAGGGCAGGGCAGGUGCUGCCCAUGGUCCAGUUUCUUCAGAAGGGCCUGCAGCGGCACCUGGACGACAUGGCUAAGCUCUGUGACUGGAACCGCUACAAUAUCCAGUACGCUCUGGCAGUGUCCAAGCAGCGGGGCAUAAAACGAGCCCUGGAGUCGCCAAGACCGGAGGAAGAGGAGGAGUCAUCAGAUGAGGACAGUUUGCACCUACUCAGAGAAGCCGGCGGUGACGAUGAAGCGGGGAUGCUGGUGUAGAUCGCCUCCUGAUGGUUGCCCUGAACCUUCCAGACAACCCGUGGAGCCUUUGUGCCGCCCGGGUCCGGGACGCGGAGCUCCAGAGCUCUGAGACGCCCUGCUGGGGGUAGAGACUCGCCGCCGCUGUGAGCCCGCGGGUGCCGGGGUGGGCCCGUGGGCAGCCGGCCCAGGAGGCCGGGGGUGCGGGUAACUGGACUUGGCCUCCCCGAGGGGAGAGAGGCUCAUGUUUGUGGUGUAGAUAGCCCCGCGAGGAGCCCGGACAUCA